AAAAGAUGCUGCUAUCAUCAACACGAGAAUGCCAUACCCGGGGUCAGUCAUACUGCGAAGCAUAAUCGCGCAGCUGUCGGUUGAUCUCAAGCGAUUGUACGGAAAAGGCUGCAAGGAACUCCAUAAAAAGGUAAAUGUGAGAAGGAAAGAGUAAGGGAUGCCGGAGUGGCGAUGUUGGACAUAGACAAUGAAUGACUGAGAGUGAAGGUAUUCUGUGGCGAAAUGGGGAGAAAGAAAGAGAGAAAAAAGAGAGGGGGGAACAACAUAUGUACAUGUACAUACAAGGGACACAAGGUUCAAGGUUACAAGGUUCUAUUCCGCUAACUCGAACCUUACACACGGCAACUUUAAAACAGCUCAAGAAACAACUGGUCAAAGGGCUCUUGCCGGCUGGGACAUGCAUUGACAUUCGUGGCGACGUCUCUGCGGUCGAGAACUUUUACCGUCUGAACCCGCUGACCAAGAACCCUCGGAAGUUAAUGGCGUGUACGCCUUCCGCGCAGCCGUUCGUCGCGUUCACGGAACUGGAAUUGAUUUCAAUCUUUUGGAAGAGCGACACACUCAAGGCGAAGCUGCAGAGUCUUCAUGGAGCCAAGGACUAUCGUCCUGCGUUGUCUGACAUGUCGUACUGGCUGGCCAACCAAGCACCAGGCUACCUCCUCACGACACUCAUCACCGACGUAGGACUGGGUCAUAAAAAGCGUCGCAUGCCCGGAAUCAGCAAAUCAUUCAACAACCUCGCGACACCUUCACUUGCAGAGAUCAAAGAGCACCUGAGAAUCAUUCAGAACGAGGAUUUCGACCCCCGCACUUAUAAGGAACGCGGUUACGUUAUUCGCGGAUCUAUUCGGACCGAUGGCUUUCGUCUCCAGUUAACGGCAUUCAAGCUGAAGGAGCUUCUCUCGGUUCGGUACAGGCGGCAUCCCACGGACAUAUUGCCUUCUCGGAUUACGUCCACUGUGGGUGGAGUCGACUAUUACCUAACUGAGGUUCGGAACGUUGUCAAGACGAAGCAGGAUGUCGCAGUUCUUUGGGACUGUGAACCAGAGAAAAUCAAGAUAUUAGGUCUCGAUCUUGGUCAAGCGUUUGUGGUUGGAGCGAGCGCUCUAUUGCCUGAGAAGACCUUAGAUGACAUGAAAAAAUCCGUCAGCCUCGAAAAUGGAAAGCCACGCAACGACAGUUAUAAUCCAGAGCAAGCAUGUGUUACAGGAGCGAGUAUGCCGAGAUCCAAGGAGAGCUUCCAUCAACAGAACAGUGCCGUCGGUACCGAACAACCUGACAAUGACAAUGACACCGAGGCUUCCGCCCGCAGCUCCCAGGUCUUUUACAACCUAGCUGUAAAGCAGAAGGCCGUAUACCAACCAACAUUCAAGUUUCGACGUUGGUUAGAAGAACGCAAACGGUCGAUCCCGCUAGGCGCAGCAAAAUCUAUCAGCAACAUCGAAAGCGAGCUACCAGCCCUUCGCGGAAAGGAUGCCAGCGUUGAAAAGUACGUUGCGGGAUUAGCAGGCGUCAAGGAGCAGCUCGACGAGUUCUACAACAAAAGCGCCACAUUCAAAAAGCACCAGUGGGAUGCCAGAAAAGCUAGAGAGGCAGAAUUCGACAUCAUCGCAGAUCGCCUGCUCAAUAUGGUUGGAGGAUCGCUUGGUAGACAGCGAGAUGAAGAGGACAAGGUUGUAAUCGGCAUUGGUCUAGGCAAGUUUUCAUCCACGGGACGACUUUCCUCGUUACAUGAGUCCUUCCAGUCGUACUUUGUUCAAAGGGGCGCUCGGGUAUAUUGUCGUGGGCGUCAAUGAGUACUACACGUCAAAGAAGUGUCCGAUGUGCGAGGAGUUUGUCGGCCAGGUUCAAAUACGUCGGCUGUAUUGCAAGACUUGCAAGACAUACAUGCACCGCGAUAUCAUGGCGGGCCACAAUAUUUGCAACGU